UGAUUGGACGCGGAUCGGCACGUCGGCCAAUCACACGCAGCGUCGGAGCGCGGUGGCCGGGGCAUCGGAUGCCGGGCGGCAGUUGGAGCUGCUCUUUGUUCUGGAAGUUUCCACCUGCAGGAAAGUAAAUAAAAGGAAGGAAAGAUGAGAGGCGACAGAGGACGUGGUCGUGGACGUUUUGGCGCAAGGGGUGGCCCAGUUGGGGGGUUCAGACCUUUCGUCCCUCACAUCCCAUUUGACUUCUAUGUGUGUGAGAUGGCUUUCCCCCGGGUGAAGCCAGCUCCAGAUGAAACCACUCUGAGCGAGGCAUUGUUAAAGCGGAACCAAGAUCUGUCCCCUACUCCUGCUGAACAGGCUUCUAUACUUUCCCUGGUUACGAAGAUUAACAAUGUCAUCGAUAAUCUGAUUGUGGCUCCAGGCAACUUUGAAGUGCAAAUAGAGGAAGUGCGUCAAGUUGGUUCGUACAAGAAGGGGACAAUGAUGAUGGGCCAUAAUGUUGCCGACCUUGUUGUUAUUCUAAAGAUAUUGCCAACCUUGGAAGCUGUGGCUGCUUUGGGUAACAAAGUGGUUGAAACCCUCCGGACCCAGGAACCUUCUGAAACACUCACCAUGAUCACUAACGAGACUGGCUUUGAGAUCAGUUCACCAGAUGCCACAGUUAAAAUUCUCAUCACUACCGUGCCGCCCAACCUGCGCAAACUGGAUCCAGAGCUCCACUUGGAUAUCAAAGUCCUGCAGAGUGCUUUGGCAGCAAUCCGUCAUGCUCGUUGGUUUGAGGAGAAUUCAUCUCAGUCCACAGUUAAGGUGCUGAUUCGGCUGAUGAAGGAUCUGAGGUGUCGCUUUCCCGGAUUUGAGCCUUUGACGCCUUGGAUCAUUGAUCUACUGGGUCACUCUGCUGUAAUGAACAAUCCAUCCAGACAGCCGCUGGCACUCAAUAUUGCCUUCAGGCGCUGCUUACAGCUCCUUGCAGCAGGUUUGUUUCUGCCUGGAUCCGUAGGAAUUACAGACCCCUGUGAAAGUGGAAACUUCCGCGUACACACUGUGAUGACACUCGAGCAACAGGACAUGGUGUGCUUCACAGCACAGACCCUGGUCCGCAUUCUCUCUCACGGAGGCUAUCGGAAGAUCUUAGGACUUGAAGGAGAUGCCAGCAGUUUGGCUGUUGAAAUGUCCACCUGGGAUGGAGUGAUCGUGACACCAUCAGAGAAAGCCUAUGAGAAGCCUCCCGAAAAGAAGGAGGGAGAGGAAGAGGCGACAGAAGGAGCGGAGGAGGAGGAGGAGAACAUGGAAACCACAGAAUGAAGGAAUGUCGGACAUUAUUUAGUAAUGAGUGUCCAGGAACUGAAAAACCUAUCAGACAACACAUCAGACUUGGCACUAGAUCAGACUGCCUGCCUGAACUUUUUUGUUACUUUUUGCCCUGUUCAUUGUGUUAUUUUUGUAGUUUGUUCUAAUUGCAAUAAAGUUUUCUUUAAUUUCA